AGAGGCCAUUCAGAUGGUGGCAGACAAGCUGCAGCGGCAGGAAGAGGAGAGGAUCCAAUGCAGCCCCACCUCCCAGAUAGACAACAUCGGAGAGGAGGAGAUGGACACAUCCACUAGCCACUAUAAACGGAAGACGAUGAAUGAUUUUGACUACUUAAAACUACUGGGCAAAGGCACUUUCGGCAAAGUCAUUCUGGUACGGGAGAAGGCCAGUGGCAAGUAUUACGCAAUGAAGAUUCUCAAGAAGGAGGUGAUCAUUGCAAAGGAUGAAGUUGCUCACACACUCACAGAGAGCAGAGUACUGAAAAACACAAGACACCCUUUCCUCACUUCUUUGAAAUACUCGUUCCAAACUAAAGACCGCCUCUGUUUUGUCAUGGAGUACGUCAAUGGAGGAGAGCUGUUUUUCCAUUUGUCGAGAGAACGUGUGUUCUCCGAGGAACGCACGCGGUUCUACGGCGCUGAGAUCGUCUCCGCUCUGGACUAUCUGCACUCCGCCAAGAUUGUGUACCGGGACCUGAAGUUGGAGAACCUGAUGCUGGAUAAAGACGGCCACAUCAAGAUCACAGACUUCGGACUCUGCAAGGAGGGCAUCACCGAGGCUGCUACCAUGAAGACCUUCUGCGGGACCCCCGAGUACCUGGCACCUGAGGUGCUGGAGGAUAAUGACUACGGCCGUGCGGUGGACUGGUGGGGGCUGGGCGUGGUGAUGUACGAGAUGAUGUGCGGCAGGCUGCCCUUCUACAACCAGGACCACGAGAAGCUGUUCGAGCUCAUCCUGAUGGAGGACAUCAAGUUCCCACGUACCCUCUCCUCCGACGCCAAGUCCCUGCUCUCCGGACUGCUCAUCAAAGACCCCAAUAAGCGACUUGGAGGGGGUCCAGACGACGCUAAAGAAAUCAUGAGACACAGUUUCUUUACAGGAAUGGACUGGCAAGAUGUUUAUGAUAAGAAGCUGAUACCUCCCUUCAAGCCUCAUGUGUCAUCCGAGACGGAUACCAGGUAUUUUGACGAGGAGUUUACGGCACAGACAAUUACAAUAACUCCCCCUGAAAAAUUUGACGAAGAUGGCAUGGAUUGUCUGGACAACGAGCGAAGACCACAUUUCCCACAGUUCUCCUACUCUGCUAGUGGGCGGGAGUGAGUUCUGCGUGGUCGGAGUGCUGCCGCCCAUUUCCUCGUGUAUGGUUACCAUGGCUACCACUGGACCAUCAGCGCCUAACCAACCUCUCUUUCUCUCUCUCUCUGUCCCCAACUCCCUGACCCCUCUCAUUUGAGUUGUUUCACACACUGGGUGGACUAAAAGGGCCGUGGCCCAAAAUGGCGGUGUUUUGUCAGAGGAAUCUUUGGGCACAAGUCUGGGCUACAAGUCUCAAGCGCCUCCUCACUGCUUUUGGUUGCACUGGUGGACUGGCAAACUAGGGUGUAGUGUUGUCUCAGUUAUUUUGAUUUUUUUUUUCUCCUUGUUUUGUGUUUCUGUGUUAGUGUCUUCAUACGGUGAGCUGGUUUAGCUUUUUGUUUUUUUUACUUUAUUUUGUUUGUUUUCGGGUCAGGAUUCUAUAGUUAGCUUAGCUUAGCUGGCCAUGAUCACGGCCUUCCACGUUUUAGCGGGAAAGUGACCAGAAGGACCUGCCUUACUCUCUCAGUCUCUCUCUCUCUAUCUCUCUCUCUCUCUCUCUCUCUCUCUCUCAUGGAAAGGUGAGGCGCAUCUGGCUUCAGAUUCACAGGAGGUUUUGCCGGGGGGCAGAACAUUCUGCCCCAUGAGAUUACGCACACACAAACACACACACACACACACACUUAUAUUUACCCCUCUCCCUCCGUACCAGCCCCGAGAACUGCUAACUGUGGACCCAAUAGGGUCCAGGUCGGGAGCACACAAAAACAUACACACACACACAAAACUCGUUCACACAUUUGGGUCUGGAUUGGAUCCAGAUUUGGAUCUCUCUCUCUCUCACACACACACACACACACACACACACAUAUUAGGCACUGGAUCAGACCCAGGUUGACACUGUAUCUGACCCAGAAUCAGAGGGUGUCUGGACGGAGCUCCAUAUCCUCCCCUCCCCUUCCUGUCGUAGGUUAGCUGUAGCUAGUAGCCGUUAGCUUUGUAGUGUUAGACAAUUUAGAAACUGCCAGAAACGGUUCGCUCAGGCUACGCAGAUGAAAAAGAAAUACAAACAAACCAACAAACAAACCUCUCUUUUCGUCUGCAAUCAAACUCAAGUAACAGGUACAGCAGCUUUACUCUGGGGUUCCCCACGGCUCAGCGCAGGGGACCCAUACUCAUGCCACUAACUCAACAUGCCUCAAAACUUUUCUGCUCUCUCUCUCUGAUGGACAACGGUGUCAGUAGAUUAGGAUUCCUACCGACGUUUGUUUUUAUUUAUUUUGUAAAGUUAUUAUUAUUAUUUCUGCUGCCAGUGACUCCACACAGUCACCUGGCUUAACUUUAAGGUAGUUCUGCGCUGUAGUUUCAAACAGAAAGAGAAACGUCGUCUCUGACAGAUGCUAAGUCAGAGACGUUUAUUUUGUUACGGUCUACAUGCAGAGCUCUGCAGUGGGCCGGGUCUGAGAAACCUUGAGACGUUUCCGUGGUAAUCCUGUGAAUCCAAGCAAUGCUUUACCUUUCCAUGGCCCUCAAGGUUCAGUUCCAUUCAGGGUUAUUUUUCCAACAGUCUUAAACUAUUCUCCACCAAGCGACCAGACAAAUAAACAGAAUCCAGGUACGAGGCCUCCAGAACUAGUUACUAAUAGAUGAAGUAUCUUAUCCCUUGGAAGACGGUAUGUAAAUAUGCAAGGCUUUAUUUUUGACGCCAUUGCAAGAAAAGAAAAAAAAAUCUUUUUCCUGUCAUUGUAUUAGUAGUCAGCUGAUGUAACAUAGUAUUCAGAAUGCAUUACACACAAACACACACCAACACAUAGAAAAUGUGAAUGACAAAGGCAACAUUAGAGCCGUAUAGAAUGAUGCCACUUUUCCAUAGGGGAGGGGCUUAAUAUAUAUGGGCGGGCUUAAGGGAAUAGCUCCUCCUAUGAUGUUAAAAAGUGCAAUCACAGGAAUUAAUUCCCUUUUUGGGCAGUUAGAAGGCUGAUAGUAAAUAGGGGACUGGUAAGGGAAGGGGAGGAAAAAUAUCAAUUUGUUUUUUAUGACCGAGAGGGAUUUUUUGUUUCUUUAAAAAAUCUGAUUGUUUAAUUUAUUUGUUGUUGAACUGUUUGUGUUAUUAUUAUUAUUAUUAUUAUUAUUAUUAUCAUCAUCAUCAUCAUCAUCAUUAUUAUUUUUUUCCUACUACUAUUGUUAGGAGUAUUAUCCAGUCUUUUUUCUGGAUUAAAAUGCACCUCAAAAAUGGCUUAAGAAUGUAGACAGGGCAAUGAAAAAGGCCUUUUAAUGUUGAUUUGCUUUGACUUCAAAUUUAUUUUCCUAUCGUCUCAUACCAAAAUAUAAUGAUGUCAAGAGCAAUGAAAAGCUCUAACUGAAAAGAAAGUUUGUCAGUAGUCUACCUACAGUCUAGUGGUACUAUGUUGUGUGUUACUUUGUUUUUCAUUUGUUUGUUUGUUUGUGUCGUGUGUGUUCUUUCACAUGGCUAUGUUGUCUACAUGAGGUACAGUCCCAAAUAGGAACCGAACUGUUGUGCAGGUGAGGUCCGGGUUGGCACCGGAGCCGUUCCCCAGAGGCCGAUGCUGCAUGGGGCAUCUGAGAUGCAAGAUCCGGCCCAGCCGGUGCCGUUGGGUCUGGAGAUCCCUGUGAGGGAAAAGAAAAAGAAACACACACACACAAAUACGCACGCUGCAUAAGUCACCUGGUGUAGGACGAUGGGGCCGUGGCUUUGUCUUGAACUGAAAGCCAAGAGCAUGGCACUGACCAGAGUGGUGUAGUGUAGAGUCUCUGACCACACAGAUCACAUUCCAUUCUCACCAAUUACUGAUGAACUCACUGCAUGUCUCCAGAGCCCUUCUCUAACCAUUGCUUCUCAUCAAACUGCCAUUAUGAAAAUACCAAGCUGCUAAUGACCCAUACUUCGCUUGUCAUUCUGGAUGGAAGUUACGAGGUGUGAUAUGAAUAGGUCAGAAUAUUAACAUGAUGUUGACUAAGUUUAAUUUUCACCCACGUUAAGUUGAUCUGCAUUGUUUAGUUUUUGAACUCAGAGAGCCUUUUGUGCUCAAGUGAAAACUGUAACCCUCUCUGUCCAAAGUACAAACGGCAAAAGGUGUAAAAGUGAAGAGCAGAUAAAAACGUCAAACAAGUCAUUCCGCAUUUCAAAAAAGUAUCCCUAAAUACCUCUGUGCUCAUUCUUCAUUUACACUGGGAGUUUGAGGCAGCAGGGGCCCAACACAGGCAGCUGUGUUUGUAACGAUAAAAGCAUCACGUCACUUCUCCUACCAAACAAAAAUUCUUAUCCUUUCACCCAUUUUCUCAGACAUUCUGCCCUACUGUAAUUGGUAAGUCUUCAGGCCGAUUAAGACGAGAAACAUUUUUCCGUCACUUGUGUGACAUCCGUCUAAUCAAAUCAAAUUCAAUUGGAAUGAAUGUAGUGAUUGAGAUGAGCAGUGUUUUACUCACAUAUUACGGCCAAUCAGAAGAAACUAUUAUGCUUCAAUACUAUUCUAUGUGUGUAUGUGAAAUGCACUCGUACAAAACCAUUGUUAAACACUGUUACAUCGCGUCAAAGAUGGAGGCAGUGUAAAUUCCCAUUUAGACAAAGCGUUUACAUGGAAUGCAGCUGCUGUGAAUGCUGUUGGUGAGUUAACUAGGUUGGGAUAUGUCAACAAGCUGCUCAGUCAGUCAGUGGCAACAAUGAUUGACGUCUGUUGUGCUGUAUGUCGUCUCUGAAGUGUUGUAUGGAGUAGUUUCAAGGUCAUUUGUGUUCGGUUAGUCUCCCAUGUUUUUUGCUCUUCAGGGUAUUGGAUGUGUGUACGGUAUGUGCCUUACAGGAAAAGUAGGUUAAAUGUAGAUUUGUUUUUUUCUGAGGUGUGUGUGUGAAAGUAUGGUUGUUGUCCAUUCAGCUUCGGAAAACUUAGUUGGGUCGUAGCGCCACCUCUAAGCGGGAGCACUGGAUGGGAAUGUGAAUGGAAUGUCAUGGGGCACUAAGAGGGAGGAGAGGAUGCAUAAAAUAUUGGAUAGAUAAAUAGAUAGAUAGAUAGAUACUUUAUUGAUCCCAAAGGGGAAAUUCAAGAUUGCAGAGGAUGAAGGAGAGGAUGAGAGGAUACAGCUGCACACGACAUAAGGACAUACCACAGAGCUCUUUUAGUGUUCAGUCCACUUUCAAUAGUCAUAUCAAGCUUUGUGUUCAUGUUUAAUAUUGCUUAAGAUGAAGUUUUAUGAACUUUGUCUUGAUGUUACUAAGGGGCUAUCCACUGUACGUAACUACAGUAUACCAUCUAGCACUUUUGACUCAAAGGCUAAGACAUUCUGUAACGUACUGUUAUGAUGGUGUGUUUGAGUGUGGUCAGUUCUGGUAUGGGAAGUUGUGGGUGGUUUUGAUGUAUAUGAUUUGAAUGGGGGUGUGAAGGAUGGCAACAGAGGUGUCAGUCGUUGAGAGACUAGGGUCUGCAGAUUCGCCUGCCAAGUGUUGCUUCUCUCGAGAAGGUGGUUCCAGAUGCAUGAUUUGACGGGCGAAAUGGAGGUGCAAGCAGAUGGGCUCAUCCCGAGAUUGGAGGUCGAUCAAUAACUAGUACGUUGACAAGAAUAUGGCGUGUGGGAUGUAGGUGGCAGAAAUGCAAGUCGGAUUGCAAGGGCUGCAUCUUAAGAGCUAAAUAUAAACCCAGAGACACAGACACACACACACACAAACACACACAUAUAGUCAACGUACAAAUACACCCCCUGAUCCACACACACACACACACACACACAUUGUGUUCCUGUCGUUGCAUGCAUCUAAAGCAUUGAGAUCACAUGGGAGAAGAGUUCCAGCUCUGCUUCACUCCUAGUCACAGUUUUGGAUUAAGGCAAGUUUGAACACAGGGUGUGUUGUUGUUUCUGGGGUUCCAGGUUAUUGAUAAGAGCUUUGUCCAGAGACGCAGGUGGAGGCCCAAUGUCCUCCCGUCUGUGGUAUCACUGUGUUGGCACAGGACUGUUGUGGAAACACAGGGUAUGUUGCGAGACGUGGCAACAAUUCUUUUUUUUUUGUGCAAUUCUAAUUCAUAGCUGUUGUAGCCUGUGGUACGCAUCAGCCUCCCUAUCCUUUUUCUCGCCCCCUCUCGCCAACAUGAGCAGAAUGUAUAUUGACUGAGCGUCAGAAAAAUGGGUGAACAGGAAGUGGGUUCUCACACGCAGCCCUCACCAGCAGUACGUAGAGACUGGUGCGUUUCGGUCGAAGCGGAGUUUGGCGUAGGACGGCAGGAUCUGUCACGACAAUGUGGCAACUGUACCCCCUACUGUUUUGGCGAAGCUCUGAUCUAAUAACUGUGGUUAUUCAAUCCAUUACACUCUGUCAUUGACUGUCUUCCAGAAGCUUACUUUGGGUUCACUUCUGUCAUGUGUAGUGGGAUCAAUGGCUUAAUGAAACUACUUGGAGCAAUGGUUUAAUAGGACCAUACUGCUGAACACAAUGCAUAUUGUAUCUAUGUGUUUGUUUUGUUUUGUUUAUUUCUGUUUUAUAUAUGCUGGUUUGUUUGAGGAGUAACUUGAACAUUUCUUAUUUUCUGGUAUUUGUGUUAGAUUCUGGACACUGUCUUUUGUUUGUUUGUUUGUUUGUUUGUUUGUUUCAGCUGUGAAUUUCGACAUGGAGAUAAACAAAAUGUUUUUGGGCACUUAACAUUUUAUUUAACGUUUUUAUGCAUUGGUUUAUUUUCACCAUUUUUGAAGGAGCACUUAAUAAACGUUUCUGCACUCUGUCUACUUGUCUUCGCCGCAGGUAAGACAGAAUGGCAGACACACCUUGUGCGCUUGCACCAUGUAGGUUAGGCUACACGUUACUUUUCUUUCUGCUCUCCUCAAAAUGGUAUGUGAUUUUCUCUUUGUAUCUGUAUACCCAUUGGUGUAUACAUUGACAUCAGCUGGUUUUUACCAUAUUGACCAGUGGAAAGUGUUCUGGGCAGGCAUUGUGGUGGCAUUAUCUUGCAUGCAGAGGACAUCACUCCUAUGGCCGUGUGUGUAUGUGUGUAUCGAGGCUAAAGGAUAUGAGAUUAGGCUUAAGAGCAUUGCGGUCGUAAAAUGAUCAUACACUUUUUGACUCCAUAGCUUAGCAAACUUCUGCUAUGAACUUCUCCAGUGGCACUUCCUCACGUCCAUUUAACUUUUUUGUAUACAUCCGCAAGUUACGAAAGCUGUCCCUCCAGUGAAGUGUGUGUGGAGGGGAGAAUUACUGGAAAGCACAGAAUCCCUUCAUGAAGAUCAUGCGUCUUUCUUUUUGUAAAUUAUAAAUAAAGGAAGGAGAUCUUUUCACAUUGCUGUGUAAAGCGUAAAGGGGCAGGUGGAUUUGAUAUGUUCAAUUUUAUGCAAAAGUUUAGGCUCCCUUGGCCAAUUGACGUCAUGGCAUUUUGUUAUUUAUUUAUACUUAUUUAUUUUGGGAUAAAGUAAAUACAGCCCCUGCGUUUUAAACAUUUUAAAAGAAAACUAAACCCUUUUACAAGUGUUAUUGCAGUGUUUCUGAUUUCAUGGAGAAAUAAUAAAAAAGAAAUAUAGACAUGAUAAUGGUAUAAUUGUGUCCCAUGCUCUGAGCUUCUCCGCUGUUUGUAAACAGCUGUAUUGUAUCUGCGGCAGUUGGUGGGAGAGUGCGCACUGAUGAGCCAAAUUUGUUCCCUCCAUGUGGAGAGCUGUGUUUUCCUGUGCACCAAGUCUGGCCACAGUAGAGAGAAAAGUCAAAACAGGAACUAUUGUGUGUGUGUGUGUGUGUGUGUGUGUGUGUGUGUGUGUGUGUGAGAAACUUGCUAUUUAAACAGCUUAACCACGCAAAGACAGUGGACUUGUCAACAUCAAAAUGUGUGCGAAAAAAAAAAUAUACAGCUGAAAAAAAAAAGUAUAGUAGAAAGCUUUAUCCAUCAAACAACCUGCUCACAGGAUGAGUCUGUGGGACCCAAACUCUUGUGUGCCCUAGAGAAUGACCUUCACGGUCAGAUGAAGGUCAGAAGAAGAAAAAAACGAGGCCAUUCUUCGCCCCCCCCCCCCCCCCCCUCCCAUGCUCUCCCCCAUACACAGGGAAAAUAAGAAAGAGGGACCCUUCCAUAACACGGUCAUGUGAUGAUGUGGGUUGUAUCCUUCUUAACUGCAGGGUCUCGAGCUGACUUAACGCCUCAGACAUCCCUUUGCUGCUAUACUGUUUGUACUGUCUACAACAGAUCUGUUCUUGUUACCUUGCUCCUGAUAGUGUCUAAUGAAUGAGCAUGAAUUGUAAAGUAUUUAUUUAAAAACAGAAAGGAGACAUUCCUUUAAACAGGAAGUUUUAAAAAAGGAAAAAAAAAACUUGUAAUUAAUUUUACGUCCAUCUAGCUUUAGAGUUUGUGUCAUUUCUUGAGCUUGCUAGCUCUGUCAUUAGAUCCAUGUUAAGAUCUAGUCAUGUGGUUAAGGAAUGGAAGUAAAAGGGAGUAAAAAGAAUACAAAUGAAAAAAGAAAGAAAGUACUUCAAACUGAGAUACCUGUAUUACUCUGCACUGAAUAAAAAAAUGGAGAUUUAUUUCCUUAACCAUAGGACUCACAAGGCUGUGACUCAAACUAAUAGACAGAAAAAAUGAGGAGCUGAAAGAGAACUGUUUUUGUACACUGUACAUCCUUGGUAUUUUUACACUUGGUAAAUGUAUACGAUAGGGAUGCACAUCAACUCCCUUCCAAACAGAUGGCUUAAAUAAAAGCAUUAUGUCAA